AUCCGGUAGAGAUUCAGGAAUUUUUCUAACUUCUAAAUCUGAAUGCAGUUAUGUGCCCGUAAAGUGGUUCAUUGAUUAGAUAAAGUAUAUUUCAUUUGUGCAAAAUAUCCUGUAAAGUGCGUUGUAUAAAUAAUGGCGAAUAUGUUUGGGGUAAUCGUCGCUGGGAGACUAGUACAAACAGAUUGUCUACCAAUUGGUGAUACAAGAUUUGUGUUUAAUAUACCAGAGGCAGACAACAUUAAUCAUGUUGUUGUGUUUAUGACAGGAGCAACCCCAUUCCCUGAGAAUAUGGGAGGAGCAGUACAUUUCUCAUGGCCAGGCAGUGAUGGGUCAUCAUGGCAGCUACUAGGACACAUUACAAACCAGAAGCCUAGUGCCAUCUUUAAAAUAACAAAACUCAAACCAGAUGGUGGAUCUGCUCAGCCCUUUGGGAUGUCUUUCCAGCAGCAAGCGUCGCACGUUGCCCAGAUAGGUGUCUCUGUAGAGCCUUUAGACCAGUUAGCCCAGCAGACUCCCGACCAAAGUGCUGCAAUAAGCGAUACAAACACUUUUGUUGAAUUCUCCACUAAAAUGUGUGAGAAUUUGUUUAAUUAUGUGGCAUCAUUUACUCAGACUCAGUCGCAGAUGACCCCAAUGCCAACAGAAACAUUUGUACCACUUUCCACUUUGCAAAGAUGGUAUGAGAACUUUCAGAGACGGUUACAACAGAAUCCGCUCUUUUGGAAAAGUUAAAAUAUACUUAUACAUUUAAGCUUUGAUAUUAGUAAUGUUGUGAUUAAAUUCUGGAGCAUGGUUAAGGGUAACGUUAGACUAUUUUCCAAUGUACACUAUGGGGCAAUGAUCAAGAGACGUUACAGUGACUUUGGCAUGUUUGGUAUUACUUGUAGAUCAUUUACAGUAAUGUUGUACUCCUAGUGUUUUUUGCUUGUCGUUUAAUAAGAAAAUCCAACAAGAAAGCAAAAAGGUAGGUCAAUUUUUUUAGGAGAUAUCUGGGGGGGGGGGGGGCUCGCACGAGCUACGGGCUCGUGUCUGGUACGUGUUUUAAUUGUAAUGAAGAAAUACUGUACACUAUUAUUCUAUAUUGUAAAAAAGCUUUUAUUAAUGCCUCAUGCAUUAGUCAUAUACUCAUGCCCAAUUUAUUAAUACAUCAAUGCCACCAGUACUGUAAUACUGUACAUAAUAAAUUGUAUGACCCUCUUUUUAUAUAUGGAAGACAUAAAAUACAACAAUACGCAAUACCUGAUAUGCAUAUUCAAAGUCAUGAUAAGCAAUUGAUAUAUAGCCCCAUAGAGAAUAAAUAGAUGACCAGGGGGUCAUUAACAGAAACUUC